AUGGAUGCUUCUUUUGGGUUGGUUGGUUCAUUGGGAAUGGAGCAUGAAACAUCUCAUAAGAGCUUUGGUUCAAAUCUUCUUAGGCAGGGUAGUUCACCUGGUCUUUUCUGCAACAUUUCAUUCCAAAAUGGGUUUGCUGCUAUGAAGGGCGUGGGAAACUAUGUUGCGAUAAAUGGAAGUAAUAGCGAUGUUAGUCCGUCCAUUAAUCGAUUGACCAGUCAAGUUAGCUUUCCUUCAAGAAAUGCAUCUUCCUUGGGAAUGUUACCACAAAUCUCUGAAAUCGAUAGCGAGGAUAUUGAAGCAACCAGCCCUGAUGACGGAGGCAGCAAUGGUGAUACUAUGCAUUAUGGUUCUGGAUUUCCCUACAGUUCUUGGAAUGAUACUCAAUCAUUCUCAGAAAAUCUCAGUGGCUUGAAACGAGGACGAAGCGGCAACGAAAAAAUGUUUUCUGAUUUUCAGAACGGAGGACUAGGAAAUCAAGUUAAUACAUUAUCACAUCACUUGAGUUUACCGAAGACUUCAUCAGAGAUGAUUGCUAUGGAGAAGUUGUUUCAGUUUCAGGACUCCGUUCCUUGUAAAAUAAGAGCGAAACGAGGUUGUGCUACUCAUCCUCGAAGUAUUGCCGAAAGGGUAAGAAGAACUAGGAUCAGUGAAAGAAUGAGGAAAUUACAAGAGCUUGUUCCAAACAUGGACAAGCAAACUAACACAUCAGACAUGUUGGACUUGGCUGUUGAUUACAUUAAAGAACUUCAAAAACAAUUUAAGUUUCUAAGUGAUAAACGGGCAAACUGCAAAUGUAUGAGGAUGCAGAAGGAAGAUACAAAUCAAAUUCCUUGA